AUGCGGAGGCUCUCGGUAUCGUUCCUACCGUUUCACCUGAUCGUCACUACUCAGCGUCGCCAAUUUGGUGGAAACUCGAAGGAUGGGCACAAGGGGGAGGACAAACCGAUAGAACGCGUAGGAGGAGUGCCACCCACAGGUCCCCAUCCGUUUAACAUCACUAGUGGAGCAGAAGGACAAAUCUCCAACCAGCAGCGCAAGGCCCACGAUGCCAUAACUCAACUUUUCCGCGACGACGCGCAGCGAAAGGCACUAUAUCAGAAGCCUGGUAGGACCAUUGGGGCCCAAACUACAACUGCCGCCAUCUCGACGCCGCCGAAUGAAGAUGAAUUUGAGGGUCUGCAGCCCAUUUCAGGUGAUGCGGAGCCGUCGUCCAUCACUGCAGUGGAGGCUGUGGAGCAAGAGUUGUUAGACGAUGCUUUUUUGUAUUUUCCACCCGCACAGCAGUCCGCGAGUGGCAGUGUCGCUACCACUGCUACUAACGAACUGUACGUACCGGGACAGCAAAUCAUUCCUCCCGGAUUAACGCGCUACCGAGUGGAUGUGCAAUACCAGGGAAAUGAUUUUGAUGGAUGGUGGAAGAGCACGACACGCCAGCUUUUCAGACGUGAGGUCGGUUUAGAUGGCUCAAUCACGCGGGUGCCGGUGGCGGAGCCAGGAACCAUCGGAAACGCUGCUGGGGUCUCUCGAGGGGAGACGAUGGGUAGCAGAUAUCAUGCGCGAACAGUGUUGGAGGAAGCACUUGCCGUGGCGCUCGAUGUGAAUACGGUCCGUGUUGUGGCCGGUGUCAUACCUGAGGUUGGGGUGUCUGUGCGACGUCUCUGCUGUCACGUCGAUGUACCCAGUCACAUUGAGCUGCAGCCACGAACAGUGAUUCAGCGGGCCACUAUGUGGAUGGAAAAACGCCAACAACCCCUAGCCAUUUUGAGUUAUCGUCGAUGCAAGAACCAAGACUUUCACGCACGCCACAGUGGCUUGAGGCGUGUCUAUGUUUACCGCAUUCUGAAUCGUGUCGCACCGCCCUUAUUCGACGCUGGGCUCCAGUGGCAUGUAGAUCGCCACCUCGAUGUGGACCGGAUGAAGCGAUUUGCUAAAACCCUUGAGGGCACAAAGGACUUCGGUUACUUUGCUGACCCCAAGAUGGCAAAUGCGCUGCGGCGGGCAGCCAUGAGCCCUGGUGGUUUUUCUACAGGGGCAGUAACGGAAGAAAACUUCCAACCAAAAGCUACAGGGGAAUCGCACCGAGUGACGCGCGGCAAAGCGCCGAAGGUGACGAUGGAAAAAGGCCCCAGUAACCUUGAUCGAGCCGCAGCGCUUCCAACUUUUAACGAGUACGGCCAGCGAGUUGUGCAGCCAGGUGCUCAUGGAAAAGAAUAUUACCGUGUUGCAACCAAUCUACCGACGGUACGGACAGUCGACAGGCUUGAUGUGGUGCGGCAGGAUGAUGAGGUGCUUAUUUGGUUUGUAGGCCGCUCUUUCCUCCGUCAUCAAAUUCGAAAUAUGGUAAGUGUGCUGAAGGCAGCUGGACACGGUCUGUGGAAUGAUCUGGAACUCCAGCAGGCCCUGCAAAGCGGCUUUGAGCCGUCACGGCAUCGGUUCAAGCGGGAGCGCUUCCCAACAGCACCGGCGUAUGGCUUGACAUUGUGGGAUGUGGAGUACCCGGAUCAGCACCGAGACGAUUACGUGCAAUUUGUCGAUUCUGGACCAUAUGAACAAGUGAACAUCGCCCGUGACAUAUAA